AUGGUACAGACGCAAUUCUGUAAGAAGGUCAAGUUCGUGCGACACGACGGAGCUCGCGAGUUUGCAACCAACUCGCUUCAACUGUUCUACGAAGACGAAGGCAUUGAACAGCAGACAACGGUGCCGUAUGCACAUCAAACAAACGGAACAGCAGAGCGUGCCAUUAGGACUAUUGUCACGAUCGGCCGCAGCAUGCUUCAUCAUGCCAAACUGGACAAGUGUUUCUGGGCCGAAGCAGCGAUGACGGCCAUCUACGUCAAGAAUCGACUGCCGUCACCUAAAGUCGUGCACAAGACCCCGUUUGAGAUCGUCUACAACUUGAAACCAAGCGUCAAGCACAUGCGAACAUUCGGGUGUCAGGCACACAUACUGACGCCUAAAGAGAAUCGACUCAAGUGGGAUCCAAAGGCUCGCGCUGGCAUAUUCGUGGGCUACGAAGAAGUUUCGAAAGCAUAUCGUGUUUAUGACAUCGAGGCGGGGCAGGUGGUUAUCAGCCGCGAUGUCAACUUCGACGAGUCCACCUUUGGACUUCAACUGCCGAUCACUGAUGAAGAUGUCGAUGACCUGGACUUCGAAUUGCUGGAUCUUGAUGACGAAGAGCUGCGUCAAAUGGAGUACAAGCAAACAGGCAAGCGCAAGAACCGACUCAAUGAUGAAGAUACAGCAGCUCCACGACCGCGUGCAGUGCGUCAACGGCCAGGACUAGAAGAGUCAAGCGCGCCGGAAAACAACUCGUCACGCGAAGAAGAAGACGAAGAAACGAAGGAUUCUGGUGAUUCAACACCGCCUGUGUUUUGGCGUGCGAGUGCAAAUGCCGUUGAAGCAGCAGUGGACUUAUCAGAGCCCUCAACAUUUGAAGCAGCAGUAAGCGGCCCUGACCAAGUGCACUGGAGAAAAGCAAUUCAUGCAGAGCUCGAGUCAAUGCGACUUCGCGGUGUGUUUCGUGCAGCCAAGCUGCCCAACGGACAACGCGCCAUUGGCACAAAAUGGGUGUUCAAAAUCAAGCGCAAGGCGGAUGGGUCAAUCGAGAAGUACAAGGCAUGA